AGCCUUCAAGUUCCUCCAACAAUCGUUGUGUCAGACGCGGAUUCAAGUGCAUCGGAGCUCCAGGGCUCCAGGAUGGAGCUGCGGAGAUCUUCCUUCUACAGCACGUUAGACCUGGUGCCCCAGCUGGAGCAUUACGACAGCACUCUGCUGCACCACCAGGCCCGGAGCCGUCCAUCUCUUGAGGCUCUCCGCAGGGCAUCUGAUGAGGUGGAGGCGGGUAUGGAGUUCACCACCACAGAGUCCGGAGGUAGAAGUCUGGCGGAAAGUGGAAAUGAAGAGUCACAAGCUCCACAGAAGAAAGCUCCAGUUAGAUUUGGCUGGGUGACUGGAGUCAUGGUUCGCUGCAUGCUGAAUAUUUGGGGAGUUAUCCUGUUCCUCCGCUUCACGUUGAUCACUUCUCAGGCAGGCAUUUUACUGACCUGGGUUAUUAUCCUGAUAUCUGUGAUGGUGACCUCAGUAACUGCCCUCUCCAUCUCCGCCAUCGCCACCAACGGGAGGGUGACCUCAGGUGGGGCGUACUUCAUGAUCUCACGCUCUCUGGGUCCUGAAAUUGGUGGACCAAUUGGAAUGGUUUUUUCCUUCGCCAAUGCUCUGGCCUGUGGGCUCAACACUGUUGGCUUUGCAGAGGUGGUCCGUGAUCUAUUGAAGGAGUUUGGUGUCAUCAUGGUCGAUGAAAUCAACGACGUCCGUAUCGUGGGUGUGAUCACGGUGACUAUUCUGCUGCUAAUCUCACUGGCUGGAAUGGAGUGGGAGUCCAAGACCCAGAUUGUGUUCUUUAUAGUUCUAUUGGUCUCAUUUUCCAACUACUUGGUGGGCACAUUCAUCCCACCCAAUACUGAGAAACAGGCCUAUGGUAUCUUUGGAUACAAAAGUGAAAUCCUUUUAUCGAACCUCAAACCAGCUUGGAAAGGAGAUGACUUUUUCAAAGUGUUUGCCAUUUUCUUUCCCUCCGCCAUCGGCAUCAUGUCUGGAGCCAACAUCUCUGGAGACCUCAAAGACCCAGCUACUGCUAUCCCCAAAGGGACACUCAUGGCCAUUUUCUGGACUACAUUCAGCUACCUAGUUAUUUCUGUAACCGUUGGGUCGUGUGUGGUGCGGGAAGCCUCUGGUAAUAUAAGUGACUUCAUGAUGGGAAACAUCACUGACGGCUGUGUGGGUCUGGGAUGUAACCUGGGCUGGAACUUCACAGAUUGCAUUCAGACAAAUACUUGCAAAUAUGGCCUGGCCAAUGAUUCAAAGGUGCUGGGUCGAAUAUCAGGUUUUUACCACCUCAUCACUGCCGGUGUCUGUGCAGCCAGCUUGUCGUCUGCUCUUGGCUUCCUCAUCUCCGCCCCUAAAGUCUUUCAGUGUCUAUGCAGAGACAAUAUAUACCCGUACAUUGGAUUCUUUGCAAAGGGCUAUGGCAAAAAUGAUGAGCCACUUCGGGCCUACAUACUCUGCUACGUCAUUGCUGUGGCCUUCAUUCUCAUUGCUGAGCUGAACACCAUCGCAGCCUUGAUCUCCAAUUUCUUCCUGUGUUCCUACAGCCUCAUCAACUUCAGCUGCUUUCAUGCUUCAAUCACCAACUCCCCCGGUUGGAGGCCGUCUUUUCACUACUACAGCAAAUGGACAGCUUUGUUCGGAGCAGUGAUCUCUGUGGUGCUGAUGUUCCUGCUUACCUGGUGGGCUGCUCUCACCACCUUCUGCAUCAUCUUCUUCCUGUUUGGAUACGUCAACUACAACAAGCCAAAGGUAAACUGGGGUUCGUCAGUACAGGCUGGUACGUACAACAUGGCUUUGUCGUACUCCGUCUCUCUAUCCGGUGUCGAGGAUCAUGUCAAGAAUUUUAGACCGCAAUGUCUCGUCCUGACCGGGCCACCGAACCAGCGACCGGCCCUGGUGGACUUUGUCGGCUCGUUCACCAAACACAUCAGCCUCAUGAUCUGUGGAGACAUAUUCACAGAGCAGGACAGGCAGACUCGGCCACACGAUGCCACAGAUCUGUUAGUGAAGUGGAUGAACAAGAGGAAGGUGCGCUCCUUUUAUACUCCUUUCACUGCUGAAAGCCUCAGAGUUGGAGCUCGACACUUGCUGCAGGCUUCUGGUCUUGGCAAGCUGAAGCCCAACACUCUGGUCCUGGGCUUCAAGGCAAACUGGAGGGAAAGUUCCCCUGAAAGCAUCGAAGAUUACAUCAACACCAUAUACGAUACGUUUGACUCCAACUACUGUUUGUGUAUCUUGAGGAUGAUGGACGGGCAGGAUAUCUCCGACCAGUUUGAUUUUGAAGGUUAGAAAUUCAGACUUUAUAAUCUCUCGGUGAACCAGGGCUUCGAGCCCGACGAAGCUGUUGAAAAUGACGAGCAGCAGUCUCCUGAGAGGCAGUCAGGACAACGUGUUGACUGGCACAUAAUAAUUGCCCGCUCUUCCUCCUCUUCUGUUACAGUCGACGACAUCUCUGAUAAAGGCGACAGCGAUCAGAUUAAAACAGUGUUUGAGAACGACCAGGGGAAGAAGACCAUCGACGUCUACUGGAUAGCUGAUGAUGGAGGUCUGACUCUGCUGGUGCCCUACCUGCUCACCAGGAGGAAACGCUGGCACCGCAGUAAGGUCAGGGUCUUCAUCGUAGGAGAUGAACAGAACAUGGAGGAAGGCCGCAACGAGAUGAUCGCUCUGCUGAAGAGGUUUCGCCUGGAUUUUCACGACGUUACGGUCAUGACGGACAGCGAGAGACGUCCCCACGCCAAGAACCUGAGCAGGUUUGUGGACAGCGUCGCCCCCUUCAGGCUACAUGAUGAACAGCAGGAAGGCGUCUCAGUUCAGGACCUGAGAGAAAACGCCACGUGGAAAAUAACCGACAAAGAAUUUGAGGCCUUCAGACUUAAGUCUGAGAGAAAAGUGAGGCUGAAUGAAAUCAUCCGCAGGAAUUCACAACACGCUGCCCUCGUGCUUGUGAGCCUUCCUGUUCCACACAGCGACUGCCCCAGUGCUCUGUACAUGGCCUGGCUGGACGCUCUGACCUGUGGCCUCCACUGCCCGGCCGUGCUGAUUCGAGGAAACCAGCAGAACGUGCUGACUUUCUACUGCCAGUGAAUCCCGUCUUAAAGACGUGGAUGUGCUGAGACACUUAAUCAGCCCCGCACAAACCUAAUAGUAAAAAAUGUUUGUGCAAGGUGAGCAAUUGGUGCCAAAAGAGGAAG